UAUUUAUUUGUAUGUAUUUCACAGGAAUUCCUUGGAGCCUGCCCUGGGAAUGGACAGCCACCUCCAUUUUUGGAGGAGAGUAGUGCCAAUUGAAGAGACCUCCAAGGCAAGUCAAAAACUGUGCUGAUACUCUUAGAAGAGUAGAGGGAAGAGACAACCUUCGAGGCCAACAGCCAUGCCUUUCGGGCUGAAACUACGACGGACCAGACGCUACAAUGUCUUGAGCAAGAACUGCUUUGUGACACGGAUCCGUCUGCUGGACAGCAAUGUCAUCGAGUGCACGCUCUCUGUGGAGAGCACAGGGCAGGAGUGCUUGGAAGCUGUUGCUCAGAGGCUGGAAUUACGUGAGACACACUACUUUGGCCUUUGGUUUCUUAGCAAGAGCCAGCAAGCCCGCUGGGUUGAACUGGAAAAGCCUCUGAAGAAGCAGCUGGACAAAUUUGCCAAUGAGCCUUUGCUUUUCUUCGGGGUAAUGUUCUAUGUGCCCAGCGUUUCCAGACUGCAACAGGAGGUAACAAGAUAUCAGUAUUACCUACAAGUGAAAAAGGACAUUCUUGAUGGCCGAUUGCGUUCUUCAUUGGAGCAGGGAAUUCGACUAGCUGGUUUAGCAGUGCAAGCGGAUUUUGGAGACUAUCAUCAGUUUGAAUCUCAUGACUUCCUCCGAGAGUAUGUCUUGUUUCCUAUGGACUGGACCCAGGAUGAAGCUGUCCUGGAGGAACUGACUCAAAAGGUUGCACAAGAACACCGAACACAUAGUGGCAUUACAGCAGCAGAGGCUGAGCUAAUGUACAUCAAUGAAGUGGAACGCCUUGAUGGGUUUGGACAGGAAAUGUUCCCUGUGAAGGAUAAUCAUGGAAAUGACAUACACCUGGGUAUUUUCUUCAUGGGAAUCUUCAUAAAAAACAGAAUUGGAAGGACAACUGUGAUCUAUAGGUGGAAUGACAUUGGGAAUAUUGCACAUAACAAGUCUUCAAUUGUUCUAGAGCUGAUCAACAAAGAGGAGAAUGUGCUCUUUCACACAGAUGAUCUUGAAAAUGCUAAAUAUAUCUCGCGGCUGUUUGCAGCAAGACAUAAGUUUUACAAACAGAACAAAAUCUGCACAGAACAAUCAAGUUCUCCUCCCCCUAUCCGACGACGGCCCACUUGGAGUAGAUCGUCCUUGCCUAGACAACAUCCAUUUAUACUGCCUCCUAUGCAUGUCCAGUGUGGAGAUCACUACACUGAAACACAUAAUUCACAAGACAGCAUUUUUCAUGGAAAUGAAGAAACUUUCUACUGUAGGUCUCAGACCAGCUUGGACAGGUGUCCAGUGGACUUCAGCUACUUGAAUGGUAAUGGACCCAAUGGGAGCGUAUGUAGCGCACACAGCAUGAACUCCCUGAAUCGCUCACAGAACUUCAUCCAGGCAUCUCCAAUGUCCUCAAAUCUGAGCAUCCCUGGAAGUGACAUCAUGAGAGCAGACUAUAUCCCCAGCCACAGACAUAGUGCAAUCAUAGUCCCGUCUUACCGACCGACUCCAGAUUAUGAAACUGUCAUGAGGCAAAUGAAGAGAGGAGUGAUCCAGAUGGAUAGCCAAAGUCAGUCUUUGAGGAAUCUCAAUAUCGGAAACACACAUGCUUAUAACCAGCCAGAAGACCUAGUUUACAGUCAACCUGAGAUUCGAGAGAGGCAUCCUUAUACAGUUACUUAUGGGCCUCAGGGUGGUGGCUAUAACAAGCCUGUUACCCCCUCUGACCAAAUGAACCCUAACAGUGCUGUGCAAAAUAAGACAGCGGCCAGUGCCAUAUCACACACGGUCAGCACACCAGAACUGGCUAACAUGCAGCUGCAGAGCAGCCAGAAUUACAAUACUGCUCAUAUGUUAAAGAACUAUCUCUUCAGACCCCCGCCUCCGUACCCACGCCCACGUCCUGCCACCAGCACACCUGACCUUGCAAGCCACCGGCACAAGUAUGUCAGCGGGAGCAGUCCCGACUUGGUCACACGCAAAGUCCAGCUCUCAGUAAAGACGUUCCAAGAGGACAGCUCGCCAGUCGUCCGUCAGUCGUUGCAGGAGGUCAGCGAACCCCUCCUUGCAGUGAAGCACCAUGCGGCUGUGAACAAGCGCCACAGCUUGGAAGUCAUCAGCAAUAUGGUACGUGGUAUAGAAGCCAUGGCAUUAAAAACUUUAAACGCUCCUCUACCACGCAGGAACACCUUGCGGGAGCAGGUGCAGCCAGAAGAGUCGGUUCAGAUGGGGCAUGAAGUUCAACAGGUUCCUCAUUACCAUCACAAAAAGACCUUCUCUGAUGCCACAAUGCUGAUACACAGUAGCGAAAGUGAAGAGGAAGAAGAAACCACAAAAUCUGUGUCACAGAUAAGAGCCCUCCAUGAGAACAUGAAGUACAGUGCUCAGUUGCAAGCUGCCUUGGCUAGAAUACCAAAUAAACCUCCUCCAGAAUAUCCCGGGCCUCGUAAAAGUGUCAGCAACGGAGCCCUGAGGCAGGACCAUAUUAGUGCUUCUGUGGCCGUAGCCAGAGCCAAGGCCAUGAGGCCAGGGCCUUCCAAGGCCAUCAGUGUGUCUCGGACAGAUCAAGUGGCAAUAAAUGGGUCCUCACUCGGGCCCUCUAUCUCAGAGCCUGACCUCACAAGCGUAAAGGAGAGGGUGAAGAAAGAACCUGUCAAGGAAAGACCUGUGUCUGAAAUGUUUUCUAUUGAGGACAGCAUUAUAGAGAGAGAAAUCAUGAUGAGGAAUCUAGAAAAGCAGAAGAUGGCAGGCCUGGAGGCCCAGAAGAGGCCCUUGAUGUUGGCAGCACUGAAUGGACUUUCGGUUGCUAGGGUUCCUGUGCCGGAGGACAGCCAGGAUGAAGUAGCCAAGGUGCCAAUGGAUGAGAGGUGCAAAAUCUUGAAGAGGAAGUUGGAAGAGGGGAUGGUGUUUACAGAAUAUGAGCAGAUUCCAAAGAAAAAGGCAGAUGGGAUCUUCACCACUGCUGUCUUGCCUGAGAACACUGAGCGCAAUCGCAUCAGGGAAGUUGUUCCUUAUGAGGAAAACCGAGUGGAACUGGUGCCGACCAAAGAAAAUAGCACAGGCUAUAUCAAUGCUUCACAUAUAAAGGUUACUGUAGGUGGAGAGGAGUGGCACUACAUUGCUACCCAAGGACCUCUGCCACACACGUGCCAUGACUUCUGGCAGAUGGUAUGGGAACAGGGGGUGAAUGUUAUAGCCAUGGUCACAGCUGAAGAGGAGGGAGGAAGAAGUAAGAGUCAUCGUUAUUGGCCUAAACUGGGCUCUAAGCACAGCUCAGCCACUUAUGGGAAGUUCAAGGUGACAACCAAGUUCCGCACAGACUCCGGCUGCUAUGCAACCACUGGUCUGAAGGUCAAGCAUCUUCUCUCUGGAGAUGAGAAGACAGUAUGGCAUUUGCAGUAUACUGAUUGGCCAGACCAUGGAUGUCCAGAUGAAGUUCAAGGCUUUUUAUCUUACUUGGAGGAAAUACAGUCAGUACGUCGCCACACCAACAGCGUGCUGGACAGCAGCAACAACUGCAACCCUCCUAUCGUGGUUCACUGCAGUGCAGGGGUAGGAAGGACUGGAGUGGUUAUCCUAACAGAGCUGAUGAUUGGGUGCUUGGAGCAUAAUGAAAAAGUGGAUGUCCCUGUGAUGCUGAGACACCUGCGGGAGCAGAGGAUGUUUAUGAUCCAGACCAUAGCCCAGUACAAAUUUGUCUAUCAAGUGCUCAUCCAGUUCCUGCAAAACUCAAGACUUAUUUAAUCUCUUCAAACAUCUCAGAGCCAGCUUUGUGGAUCUGACUGAACCUUUCUGAUGAAUGAGGGGAACUACCUUGACAACACAGUGUGCAAUCCAUGUUGCACUUUUUAAAGCGGUCUUGAAAGUAAGGAAUUUGUUCUUUACUAGUCUCCCAUGGAUUUUUUUUAUAGAAGAUAUAAUUUAUUUUUCUUAGAAUAAUUUGUGAAUUACUUUAAUAACUUGUAAAACUUAUGGUGAGCUUUGAAUUGAACUAUAUUUGACAUGACUGGUCUGCAUUGUAACACGUCCGUAGGGAAAGCAAUCCUUCAUAAACGUAGAAUACUGGCCUUUAUUUUACUACACAAUCUCUGAAAUGAACAGUUAUUUGGCAGUGGGCUUUUUCUUACAUAAGAACAUUAUGACCCAGAUGUGUAGAUUCUAUGAUUUAAAAAGAAAAAAGAAAGACCUGCUAGAUGUCAAAUACUGUUCUAAAUGAGUGGAAGCAGAGGACACGCCGUCCUGGGACAGGGAGACCUAAGCCUCCGCAUAUGCGGGGCAUGUUACAAAGAGCUCAAGCACAGGCUGUUGUGAGGGCAGAGAAUUUGGGUGCUGAACUGUUCAAAUUCCAUGAGAAUUACAGUUUUAGAUUAGUCCUUAAAAAAGCAAUAUUGGAUCUUUUAAAUUAAGCCUUUGCUAUUUGCGGUCCUUAAAGGUGUAAAAGUUGAAGCAGUAUUAGAAAACUGACUGAGAGCAGGGUGAGACUAGUGCAUCUUUUCUGUAGAUAUUGGUUGAGCAGUAGAGGAGUUUCAACUACAUGCAGCUGAAAAAAAAAAAAAAUGUAUAAAAUGAAGCAUCUUAUAUGAAUUGCACAGAAACUUUUAUUGCCUUGAUGGUCACAUUGUGUGGAAAAGGAAUCAAAUUCAAGUUGGACAUCUCCAGUCACCUGUCUUUGUUUCCUGUGUUUUCAGGGCUGUAGUUGUUUUAUUUUCUAGUCCACUGACCUUUGUAAAAAUGAAUAAUACUGUUUUUAUUCUGUCCAGCAAUGAUUCUUGAGGGCUUUAGUUUAGGGUCUGCCUUGAUUGUUUCCCCAUCAGCAUCUUGCGAUUUGUGCAUGUACCAAGCAGUUUUUUGGUAUUGGUAGCUCUCGUCUUGUUAGGGUGUUUUUUGUAUUAAAUUGCACAAACCAUCUCUCUUCUCAGGCUGCUGUUUCAACACUACUGGUCGUUUGGGUUCUCCCUUCUACUUAUUAUUACUCUUUUAUCCUGGUAGUGUUCAGGGUUUCCAGUUAGGAUUAGGAGCCUGUUGUACCAGACACUGCAUGAGUACAUAAUGGACUAACAGUCCUUGACUGAAGUUCGGAACAGAAAAGGGAAACAAACCUGCUCAUCCACUUCACAGCUAGAUUAAUGGGUUCCUAAAUGGCUUGCCUUGGCCUAAAAGUGUCUAUGGUAGAACUAAGAAAAAAAUCCAUGUCCUGUAAGUAUUUCACCGGCCAGGCCUGUCCUCUGCUCCUUCUCCUCUUCUGUCCCUCAGCAUUCAGCAGCUGUUCUGCACAACUUUGUGCAUGAUCCUUUCUCCAGACUGUUUAUUUCAUUGGAGCAAAUCACAUUAUGAAUUACCUUGCAGCAUAUGCAUGGUAGCAUGUACUUAAAAUUAUUUAGAAGUGACAGGAACUGUAUUUCAAAAGAAAAAAUAGCUUUAACAAGUCAUGAUGCAAUUCCCACCUUGUUACUUAUGGUGCAUGAGACGGACAGAGAAGUUCCUGCACUGAGAUUGCUCCCCUCAUCAUGCUGACUCCUUUCUCCUUUCCUUGCUACCACCUCCUGCCAGUGCUCUGCUUGGACCUGCUGGAUGAUGGAUCAGGCUGGAAGGGAGCCCAUGCAGACUCCCUAGCCCUGCUCAGCACAGUGUUGGACAGGCUUGCCCAGGGGGACAUCCAGUAAAAUUUCAAAAAUUUCCAAGAGUGGAGGUGUUGCAACCUCCCUCAAUAACCAGAUGCAAUGUAGUUACUCUCUCAAUUAAAUUCUUGGUAAUCAUUUCCCAGAUAAAUUUCAUCUUUUAGUCCUUCACUGCUUUUCCUUCUUACCCAUACCUCUGAAUUCGUGGCCCCAUCCUUAUCUUUGGCUCCUUUCUGGUUCCAUUUCCACCCCCACUCCAAGGUCACUCUCCUCCCUUUCCAGAAUCAUGCUCACUUUGUCCUCCCUCUGCUUGCAGUUUUGCAUCCCCAGCACAAGCUGGUGUCCUGUUUUUUUUUCUCCCCAUUUCCUACUGUUUUUCCUUCCUAAAUGACUCUUCAUUUCUUCUGAGGAUACAGCUGCUAUGUGGCAUUAUGUGAAAUGCAGUUGUUUGCCUUUCUGCUAAGAACAGUUUCAUUAGCAGCAGAUGGGAUAGGUCAGGUUGACAUUGUUAAAGGCCAUGGGACAUAGAUUCCCAGCUCCCAAACGAUUCAGGUGCAUCCUAGAACAGACUGCAAUCCAGAAAGACUGCGGUGCAUUUACUGUUUUGGAGAGUCACAAUUACUGCACUCAUCUGAGAGCAUCUCACACUGCUGCUUUUCUGGAAUUUCCCUACUACUGUGUGGCAACAAAGAAAACCAGUUGUUCUCCUGUUCUUGUUUUAAAUGCAUACGGCCAAGCCAUAGCUAGCUUUAAGUCAAUGUAUAAAGGCCUGAGCCAAGUACUCUGAGUUCAGGAUCACUAAGGGGACCUACACUCCUGCUUUUCCCUAAGUGCUUCAAGGGCUUAAUCUAAGGCUCUGUACCAGAGUCCUUCUGAAAUGCAUGUAAAACUCUGCUUUUUUGCUGCGAUGCAGCAUGGGUGUAACAGUGUGACAGGAAUUCUAGUAGAGAUUUUCAGCAACCAACAAAUGGCCAUGAGUUCUUUAGCAGUAGUAUCUUGACCAUGUUCCUUUUAGGGAUCAGUUGAGCUUUCAGUCAACUUCAGUUUUCUCUAAUUCCUUCUGCCAAUGCCAACGUAUCUCUUGCUACAUUAGCAGCAACCAUUUUAAAGUCUUUUCAGCAGCAUCUGCAUGAUAAUUGCACAGAGAUGCUUUAUAUCUGGGAAACAAGCCAAAGAAUAAACCUUGAAGCAAAGUGUAUUAAAUUAGUUAUCUCAUUUUAGCUUUUUGAAUAAUUUCCUAAUGAUGAAUUAAGUUUGAACUCAGAGCUGUCAAGUCCCAUUGCUCCACUUGGAAUUUGAGAAGUAGAAAAUCAGGAGGGAAAAUAAUCUGCCCCUGUGUCUUAUUACUCAGUUAUUCUUGGCUGAAAUGCAUUCUACUGUUUCUACAGUCAGUACAAAAAAGUUACUUCAUAAGAGAAUGUAAAUAGCUGUGUUUAAAAGGAAAAUUAAGCAAGCGUCACAUUAGAAGUGUCUUAGAAAAAUAUUAAUUAUGAAAUGGCACCAAAAAUCCUUUCCAAAUUAAGUCAGUACUCAUUAAUGAGCCAAAUAAACGGCCACAUAGUAAACAGUCAUUUCCAAUUAACUCCUAAGACGGCUGGUGUGGUAGAUAGAAGCCAACGUGACUCAUUUUUUCCCUUUCAUUGUCAAAGAAUGGUGAUUUUAAACUUUCCCUUUCAUCUGACUUGUCUAUUUUUUCCUGACAUAUUUUAUCUUGACUUGAUCUGCUUGCUAAUAUCAUAAGUGAAUUGGGGUGGUGUGUGUCUUUAGAGGUUCCUUUCUACCCCAGCUUGCAAAUGAAUCUCAGCACGCCAAUGAUUUAUUACUGAAAUGGGUUACACUUUUGUAGGGGAAAAACUGAACCUCCUGACUUGAACCUGUUGUAGCUUUAUCAGUCCUAAACCACUUGGGCAGUAUUUCCUAACCCUUCAGGGAGUGACAGGAAAAUGCGUAUUGUCUCCAGUUUCAUUAGUCAUUGUAGGAGUGAAACCAUCAGACUUAAAGCAGCAGUUCUGUUCAGUUUCUGGCCCACAGACAUAACAGCAGAAUUCUUUAGCACAAGGGGAGGACAAUUUUGGGUUGCAGCAUCACAUACUUUUUAACCCCAAAACGUGACAGUGAGUAGGUUACAGUAGAACAGUUUCAUCCAUUUUGAGUGAAGUUUGGAUUGAAAAUCUUAUUUAAAAAAAAAAAAGCACCAAUUUAAAGAAAAUGGAAUCAUACCUUAAAACAUUGGAAAUCAGCAGUCUUCUCCAAGGUUCCCAUGUUGCAGUCUGGCACUUCUAGCCUAUGCUCCUCAGAUUAAUUUCUAGGAGAAAGCUUACAGUGGGUAAGCCUUAUUUGGGAAUUCAUUCUGUGUCUUCUCCUUUUCAUGCACUUUUAAUCUAUAUUUUCUUUCACAAUAUUUAACAGCUUCUUUUUCUUUAAACUCAUAACAAUGUUUGCCUUGAGGUUGCUGGCAUCAAAUUUUCGCAUAAUGUUGUGGUCAGAGCAUUUCAUGCUUAACGUUGUCUGAGUUGAGGAUGGGAGAUCGCAGUUGAGUCGCUCACCAGCAGUCUGCCCAGCGCUGCUGACAUCCAGUUUCUGUCCUCCACGGGCUGUGCUGGAGAACAGCAGAGCUGCACGUCAGCUGCUCGGGUCCUAAUUGUUCCAGCUGCUGCCCAGGCCUGCCUUGGCACCUCUUGUCCUCGGUCAGCUGAGGUAAGACAGAGCUUGAUCCCACAAAUCCCACAAACCUUCUAUCACAUAGGUGUAUGGGGACCCCAAAUGCUCAGCCUUACUGGAAGUAGUUUUUCCUUAAACUAGUGUUUCAGGUGAAAGGAGACUCACCUGUGGGUAGCAGGCAUCCGUGGGGAAAAUUCAGCAGUUAGAAACCAUACAGUGCUGCUCACAGCAGCCAAGUUCCCAGCACUUCUCUGGGCUGACAUGAAGACUGAAUUAGCUGUUGUCAGUCUUGCUAACAGUCUAGGAGCUGUGCGCUCAAAAAGUAGAAGUAUCAGUAUGGCUGAUCCCUGCUGGAGCAGCUCUCAUAUCUCAUUGAGAGGUUAAAUUUUGCUGCUGUUUUUAGGGAAAAGAAUACACGUGGAACUCAAGGGUGGCACACGUUUCAUGAAAUAAAGGGUGUAUCGUACUGAAGGAGCAAAUAUUCAUAACUGAUCUUGCAAGGUAAAACACUGCAUGAAAACUUAAUCUCCAUAAAAUUGUACACAAUUCUGCUGCUGUAUGUACAGUUCAGUUGUGGAGCAUGGAUUUUGGUGUCAACAAGAGAAGUGUCAACAAGAGAAGGGCUACAGGGCCAAAAUCCUGAAGGCAACUGUCCCCAGCUCAUUCUUAGCCUUCUGUAAAGGUUUUCCUCACAGAACUGAGGAAGCUCUUGCCAUGUGAGAGAAGAGAGGAGGACAUCACGCAUGCAGCCACAUGUAGCCUUGACUUGCAAGGACUGUGAUUUGAGGAAGAGAACAAUUGGUUGUUUGGGCUUUUGGGCCAACAAGAGAAGGCUGAGUUCUUAGCCACAGAUAAAUUCCUGUUAGAUUGUGAAACAAAACAAUACUGUGCAGCUUAAAAAUAGCAGUGUUUAUAUAAAUAUUUAAAAGUAAAUAGAUUUUGUUAGCGUAAGAUAUUCUAAAACCAGUGAAAUUCACUUGGUUCCUCUCAGCCAUUUUUCAGCUGAUGUUUUUCUCAUUGUUGAAGUGUUGAUACUUUUGAUCUGGGCACAGACUUAACUGAGAGUUUCCUUGCUGCAGUAGUGGGACUUUGCCUUUGGAGAGUGGCCUGGAAGUCAUGGGUAGAAGAACAGCUCUCAUUGGAGAAUCCCAGUACUUUUUAACAGUGGAAAAAAAAAAAACCCUAAA